UUUGACGUGGGGGAGGGGUCAAGAGGUUGGGGUGUGUACAAGGGACGAAGGCGCGUCCCUCUCGUUACGUCAUCAGCGCAAGCCCAGGAUCUCAGACACUAUCCCAAAACAUCCUUCACCAUUGUGGCCGAUACACCGGAGAACCUUCGACUAAAGCAGCAGAGCAAGAUGCAGAGUCAUGUGUUGUAUAAAGAGGAAUUUGAGAAGAACAAAGGGAAAGGCUUUAGCGUGGUAUCUGAUACACCAGAACUGCAGAGGGUUAAAAAGACGCAAGAUCAGAUCAGCAAUAUAAAAUAUCAUGAAGAGUUUGAGAAAAGUCGGAUGGGGGGAGAGGGCUUGACCACUGAUGCCUAUAGCAGUCAGGGCGUCCAGCCACUAACUCACUCUCCAAGCUACAACUAUGAUCCACAGCCAGUGCAUUUGGCUGCUGCUCCACAGCCCUCUGGUGGUGGGAAGCACUACAGGGCCAUAUAUGACUAUGUCGCUGCUGAUGAGGAUGAGGUAUCGUUUGCAGAUGGCGACUUAAUAGUGGACGUGCAACAGAUAGAUGAAGGCUGGAUGUUCGGACGCGUGGAGCGCACGGGACAGCAGGGGAUGCUCCCAGCCAACUACGUAGAGGCCAUGUAAAGGGGGUGGGGAGGGGAGGGAAGAAUAGAAAGAGAAAGCAUUUGAUUGAGCACAUCACAGUUCCCAUUAUGUCUCAAUUUGAGUUUAAGUUUUUAUUUUUUAAAUGACCCAGUGUGUCAUUAUUGAUUCAA